AUGGAGGAAGACAGAGUCGCCGUGACCGGGGGUGGUGGAGCGUGUAGAUACGCGCUGAAACCGGCACGUAUAAACAGCGAAGACAUACUCAUCUGCAUCGAUGUAGAUGCUGAAUCGACGGUGGAGAUGAAGACUACGGGAACUAACGGGAGGCCUUUGAUCAGGAUGGAGUGCGUGAAGCAAGCCAUUAUUCUCUUCGUUCAUAACAAGCUCUCUAUGAAUCCAGAUCAUCGAUUCGCUUUCGCUACUCUUUCCAAAUCAGCCGCUUGGCUUAAAAAGGAUUUCACCAGUGAUGCCGAUUCUGCUGUUGCUUCUCUAAGAGGAUUGUCUGCUACUAAAUCCUCUGGUCGAGCGGAUCUCACACUUCUGUUUCGGGCAGCGGCUCAGGAAGCCAAGAUUUCCAGAGCUCAAAACCGAAUUUUGAGGGUGAUUCUCAUAUACUGUAGGUCAUCCGUGAGACCAACCCAUGAAUGGCCCCCCCUAAACCAGAAGGUCUUCACAUUGGAUGUUAUGUACCUUCACGACAAACCGGGUCCUGAUAAUUGUCCUCAAGAUGUGUAUGACUCUCUUGUUGAUGCUGUUGAACAUGUUUCAGAGUAUGAAGGUUACAUCUUUGAGAGCGGUGUAGGGCUUGUACGGUCGGUUUUCAAGCCCAUGUCAAUGUUGUUAUCGCAUCCUCAGCAGCGAUGUACUCAAGAUGAUCUCGACAUACCCAGGUCUCUUUCAAAGAAGGUGCCUGUGACUGCCUCGGCAAAUGCUGAAGAUUCUCACAAUGGGAACAAUGUUCAAACCAUAAGCCAAUGA